CUGGGCUGAUUGUCAGAGCCUUUAAUACCGCCUGUUCCACCCGCUCACUCAGGCUCUACUCUUAUUGUUUCACGUACGUUGGAGUCUCGGUUUUCUGGGAGCUGUGUGGGGAAGUAACCGUGGACAUGUUUCGCUGUUUUUGCCUGUUCAUUUUGCUUCCUUUGUGCGUUCUUGGGCAGGCUGAUGUGCUUCUGUCAACACCUUCCAAGAGCUUCAUAUUUCCCACUGAUAAGCCAAUUUGGGAGGAGACCCCUACACCUACAAUCCCAUCUUCAACAGGAGGUUCUACCAAUGCUGUAACAGAGACCACCCCUGCUCCAGACAGGAGUGAUGCUACAACUGUUGCACCUACCCCUCAGCCCACUGAUGUUGAAAUGGCUCCUUCUACAACCCAGCCCACCAAUACUACAACGGCUCUUCCUACAACCCAGCCCACCAAUACUACAACGGCUCUUCCAACAACCCAGCCCACCAAUACUACAACGGCUCUUCCAACAACCCAGCCCACCAAUACUACAACGGCUCUUCCAACAACCCAGCCCACCAAUACUACAACGGCUCUUCCAACAACCCAAUCCACCAAUACUACAACGGCUCAUCCUACAACCCAAUCCACCAAUACUACAACGGCUCUUCCAACAACUCGGCCCACCAAUGCUACAACAGCUUCCCCUCCUGCUCCUACAACCCCACCAAUGCCUGAAGUCGGCGAUUAUGUUGUCCGGGCUGAGCAGAACGCCUCUGCAUGUCUGAUGGCAAAGAUGGGUUUGCAGUUUAGCUAUAGAAUGGGAGACAGCUUUCAGACAAUAAAUCUAAACCCAAAUGUGACCAAGACCAACGGAACUUGUGGGGACAAUGGCAGUGAUUCUGCACUUACACUGAUAUCAGAUGAAAUUAACAUCCAGUUCAUCUUUACUAAUCAAACAAGCAAAUUCUUCUUGAGUGCUUUGAGCUUGACUGUGGUAACUGGAAGUGGCUCCAACUUCACUGAUGGCAAUACUAACUUAUCUCUAUGGGAGGCUUCAUUGGGGAGCUCAUACAUGUGCAAAAAGGAGCAGAGCUUCAACAUCACAGAUGCUCUUAUUUUGAAUACGUUUGAGCUCCAGGUUCAGCCAUUUGGAGUCAUAAAUGACAAAUUCAGCACAGCCCAUGAAUGCUCAGUGGAUGACACCAGCCUCUUAAUCCCAAUCAUUGUUGGCGCAGCUCUGGCUGUCUUGAUUCUCAUUGUAGUGAUUGCAUACGUGAUUGGUCGACGAAAGACCUAUGUUGGAUAUCAGACCCUGUAAUGACCUCCCUGAAUCACAAAUUAUGCUUCAUAAAUUCAGGUUCUCUAACAUGAUCCCAGGCCACUGCAACUGUUAACUUUCAAUUGGCUAGAGCCUCAUUUUUAAUUUUCCAUUGUUUAAGGUAAUGACUAAAUUGGCAGCUCCUUGGAUUCUGUGCACUAAAAUCUGAAGUGUGAUCUGUGCAACUGAUCCAGAAUCAUAGGCCCUGGUGAUGCUGUGUGCACUUGUUGUUCUGUUUUCUGGUGUGUCCCCAUCUCUUCCCUUUCUUUAAACUGGAAGCAAGUGAAAGGUUUUAGUACUUUUUUUCACUUUCUGCAACUGGAGUGUUUAAGUCCUAUGACAAUUGACACUUUGCCCUAUGAGUCUAGGGAGAUUGGUCAAUGAUGGGGCAAUUCCAUUCCUUCAUAGCUUUAUUGUAGACCUUGCACUUGCUUCUGCUGCAGUAACUAAAUUUAAUUAUAUCUUGCUUCUUAUUGCACACCACAAACAUUUAAGGAAGUUCAUUUAGUUUAAAGCUAAGUUUGUUUGAUUAUGAUUGGUGCCGUGGGGGGUUAAAUUGCCCAGUUCAAUAGCUGCGUCGUAACCUUUUCAGAGAAAUUGCUCUCAUCACUUAUAGAAUAAGGGUUUUAAAAAGGGAUUGCAUUGUUUCAGUUGCGCUCUAUAUAUGUAUAUAAGAACCAAACUGACUGGAGAGAGGAAUACAAGCUGCCUGUUGCACACCUGAAUUGGCUUUGCUGCUGGAUCAAUUCUUAAUGUGGUGUUUGACUUUUUCCCAACCCAGAGCUCUGUAGUAGUGCUACUAGUUGACUAACUGCUAAAGUAUAAACUUGGUGCACUCCUUCCAUUGGGUUUAGUGAAGGGGGGGGGGGUGUAAUAAUUGCAUGCACUGCUUUGACUGGCUGUGUCGACACAUGCGAUUUUUAUACAGCAUGGGGGUUUUCAAUGAAGAGAGUUCAUAGUAAUUUUCUGAUGUAUGGGAAUAACUACCGAAAUAGUACAUGUGAUCAGGUUCUCAAAGUAUUUUGACUAGAAGUAAAUGGUUUUCAUUUAGGUCUUUUUUUUUUUUUUUUUUUUUUUUUCACUUUAUGUACAACUAGAUCUUUGGGUUGGAACAUUUGUAAAGCAUCACUGAAAAUUGCAUGCUAUGGCACUCUGUCAUACAUGACAAAAGCAUAAGCAAAUGUGGAAGGUCUCCUUUGAAUGCUUGUGUAUGUUCAUGCCUUGUCUAGCUCCAGUGUAGCACAGCAUUUUAAAUCUCGAUUGCCUUCAUGUUGCUCAUUCCAUCUGUUUUGGUCUGCAUUAGAUUGUGUUGCUAAGAAUCAUUUUGUAUCUGUAAUUUCUUUCCUCACCUCUGACCUGUAAACUGCUGUCUAUGCUAAACUAAUUCACAUGUUGCUGUCUGAUCAGUUUGGAUUUGUUGGAGAUUGGUCAGUCAGAUUUCAUGCCUUGCUUAAUGAAGGUGGAGUUGAUCAAUAAAGAUGGAUAGACAUGUCAAAUUUUCAGCUUGCUUUUUUUGCAAUGUAACUUGAUAAAGGGAAUUCUGACCUAUGGCGUGAAAUAUAUUUAAUAAAUUCUGGCACCGUGUCAUUGAAA